UUGGAAGGAAAGAAUAGAGAGUAUAAAAAAGAGAUGGUAAUAACUCCUUUCUGUUUACCAGGGUGCGUGGAGAUAAUAUACUGGGACUAAACAGAGACUCGAUGUUAACAGUAAAAAUGGCGGGAGUGACACGCUUUCUACCAUGGAUGACGAUUUCUGCAACUACGACGCCGUUUUAUCGGUGGCGCACUCACUUCUCUCACUCUCUCUCCUCUUUCCCUUACUUUCGUCACCACAAAUACGCCGUCGUUUCGUUCUGCUCCUACUCUCAUAUUUCUUCCUCUCACUUUGAUACUGAUACACCAUCUGACGUCAUCCUUCCAGUACCUCCUAAGCAGGGGAAUUUGAAGCCAGGGCUGUAUUUAGUAGGGACUCCCAUUGGUAAUCUUGAAGACAUUACAUUGCGUGCUUUGCGGGUACUGAAAUCGGCUGAUGUGAUACUUUCUGAGGACACUAGACAUUCAGGAAAGUUGCUUCAUUAUUACGGAAUUAAAACACCUCUUAUGAGCUAUCACAAGUUUAACGAAUAUGAGAGAGGAAGAACAGUUUUGAAACGGUUACAGCAGGGUGAAAUUGUCGCUCUGAUUAGCGAUGCUGGGAUGCCUGGCAUUAGUGAUCCCGGAACAGAAUUGGUGAAGUUGUGUGUCGACGAAAAAAUAAUUGUAGUUCCCAUCCCUGGACCUUCAGCUGUGAUUGCUGCUCUUUCUGCCUCGGGUUUGCCAACUGAUGACUUCACCUUUGUUGGAUUUCUUCCAAAACAUGCUGGCUCUAGGAGAGAAAGGCUCUUGCUUUGUGUCAAUCAGAGUGCCACACAGAUUUUCUUUGUUCCUCCGCACAAGCUACUCCAGUUUCUUGAAGAAACUUCUUUAGUUUUUGGUGACUCAAGGAGAUGUGUCAUAGCUAGAGAGAUGACCAAAAUCCAUGAAGAGUUUUGGCAUGGCACCUUGCAAGAAGCUAAGGCGGCAUUUGUAUCUCGGAAACCGAGGGGAGAAAUGACACUUCUUAUAGAGGGAAAGGCUGAAUGCAUUGAUGAAGCUCCGCCGGAUUCUCAAAUUGAGGAUGAACUGAAGGAGCUCAUAACCAGUGGGCACAGUCUGUCUAUGGCUGUCAAGUUAGUUGCUGAAGGAACAUCAAGGAAAAGAAAGGAAGUGUAUUCACUUGCAAUUAAAAAAUUUGGGAAGCAGCUAGUGGGUGAGGAGUGAAAUGGUUGCCAAUCAUGGAGAAACAAGGACCUUCUUUUUGCUUGUCAAUUCAGAUCCUUGGAGGUUUACAGAGGUACUUUUCUGCACAUACAAGUUCUUGGAGAUUGCUAUUUUCCGGAUUACAAAUCAAUAUUUUGCUUUUGGUCUAAAGCUCAUUAAAGAGGCUUUGAAAAUCAACCCUCUGGAUUUGGAUGUUGAAUAUGAGUUCUCUUUUGGGGAAAAGUUUGAUCAUGUGCCGUGAAGAUUUUGCUGCUGAUGAAUCCAAAUCUUAGUUGGUGCAAAGGUUAUGCAGGUAAUAUGUCACUCGAAGAUAUCAGCGUUAUACCAGCGCAUGAUAAACCAGCAUUUAUCUCGUCAUCUUAGCUUCACCUGAUUCAUUCUGGAACUUGCUCAAGGGCAAGUGGGCGACGUCUCUCUAAUAACUAAUAAGCCUAGAUUUUUCUUCCUAUAUGUCGAAAGUAUUAGUUUCUUUUAUUACCAUCAGAUUGUACAUACUUGUAUCUUUAUUUUUCGGGAUUCUUCCUAGCUUAUUUUCAGUUCAGUUCAGUUACAAUCAGUUCUAUACGGUUCAGUUCAGUUCAGUUGCAAUCAUUUCAGUUCAACUCCAGCUAUCAUUUCUAUUGGUUAUAAUUUAAUUCAUUUCAAUUCAAUUGCAAUAAGUUAACUUCAGUUGUUUUAUGUCUAAGAGAACAUACCUUUCAUACCCGAACUUCAAAUAUCUAAUUAUCUAUAGAGCAUUCCAUAGCUAGAGUUUCAGGCCUAAAAUUUGUUUGUUAGUGUUAGCUGUUUUGCCGUUUUAUUGGAUGUGUGUUCAAAGGUUUUGGUAGCAUUCUUUUGCCGAACAAAGGGUAAUUUAUAGAGAACUAGAUUUUUGGAGGUCAAUAAGCCAAUUUUGGGAAGAUAAUCUAUGUUUUGGAGCCAAAUUUUUAGUGUUGUAAUAUGUCAUUUUGGGAUGUUGCUUAGACCCAAAUAUUAUUUCUACUUCUUAUCUUUGCUGAGCUUGAUCUAGUUUUGCUUGGCUCAAUUUUCUUGGAUUUAAUCUGACCUUUUGGUUUGAAAUGUGACCCAGUUUGAUUCUUUGAUUGUAUUUUAUCUAACCUUUUGGUUUGAGAUGUGGCCCAGUUUGAUACCUCAAGCCUAAACGGCUUAACCUUAUCAACUAUGACUCCGUCCAGUUUAUGAUCACCUCUAGAUCUGUAAUAUUAAGACGGAAUCUAAUGUACUUACUAAAAAGUCGGGCUUGGGUUUGUGCUUAAUAAAUUCUUUCUAAACAGUGAUAGGCAGUACUAGAGUCUGGUCUGGUUUAUGUGCACAUUGUUUCUUUUUUUUUGAUGCAGCUUAUGCACACAUUGUUAAGGAUACUGUUAGUCGUGUUCGUUUUUCAUAUUCUUUGAGACUGUUAGAACCACACUCUAAUUCCUAACUCUUUGGAAUUUUGUAUGCAAGAGUUUAUACUUUUUGAGCUUGUGGGAAGAGUUUAAGGCCCGUUUUUGUAAGUUUUUAAGUCUCAAGAUGGCGACAAAAAAUUAAAAGUCUCUAGUUGGAGAAUAGUAACGAAUAUUUCAAAUAAUUACAAUGACGUGCUUAAGUAUGUUACCUAAGUGAAUUAUUCCACGCUUCGAUAUUUUUAUUUUA